CCGGGUGAUGACGCGCGGCGGGCGGGCAGCGGGAGCCGCGUCCCGCCGAGGCCGGGCAUGGCCCAGCUGGGCGCCGCCGCCGCGCUGUGCCUCGGCUGCCUGGCCGCCGCCUUCCUCUCCGCCAUCCACAAGAUCGAGGAGGGGCACAUCGGCGUCUACUACCGCGGCGGGGCGCUGCUCACCUCCACCAGCGGGCCCGGCUUCCACCUCAUGCUGCCCUUCAUCACGUCCUACAAGUCGGUGCAGACCACGCUGCAGACGGAUGAGGUGAAAAAUGUGCCCUGCGGGACCAGCGGAGGAGUGAUGAUUUAUUUUGACCGAAUUGAGGUGGUGAAUUUCCUGAUCCAAAGCGCAGUAUAUGACAUAGUGAAGAACUACACUGCUGACUACGACAAAGCUCUCAUUUUCAACAAGAUUCACCAUGAGCUGAACCAGUUCUGCAGCGUCCACACGCUGCAGGAGGUCUACAUCGAGUUGUUCGAUCAGAUUGAUGAAAACCUUAAACUGGCAUUGCAGCAAGACCUAACCACCAUGGCCCCCGGAUUAAUUAUACAGGCAGUUCGAGUUACAAAGCCAAACAUCCCUGAAACAAUCCGGAGGAAUUAUGAGCUCAUGGAGAGCGAGAAGACAAAGCUACUGAUUGCAGCACAGAAGCAGAAGGUGGUAGAGAAGGAAGCGGAGACAGAAAGGAAGAAGGCGCUCAUUGAGGCAGAAAAAAUUGCACAAGUUGCUGAAAUAACCUACGGACAGAAAGUGAUGGAAAAAGAAACAGAGAAACGAAUUUCAGAGAUCGAAGAUGCUGCGUUUCUUGCAAGAGAGAAGGCACGAGCUGAUGCUGAAUGCUAUACUGCUAUGAAAGUUGCCGAGGCCAACAAGAUGAAGUUAACUCCUGAGUACUUGCAGCUGAUGAAAUACAAGGCCAUUGCAGCAAACAGCAAGAUAUAUUUUGGCAAAGAUAUCCCCAACAUGUUCAUGGACUAUGCAGGUAGCCACACUAAAUUUUCAGAGGGACUGUCAGAAGGAAUCCACGAAGAGGAUGGGGCAGGAGCCAGUGAGGACACAAAACUGCUUCAUAACAUCAACUGAAAUGAAACGUUUAUAUUUGUUUUAUAUCAAAAGAAACGUGAACUGGGAAGUUCCUUUUUGUUUUCCCCCUUUCCUGUACUGAAAGACUUAAGAUAAGACUUAAUCCUCUCAACCUUUUGUAUGACAAUUGGACACGAUGACUUUGGUAUUUAUGGGGUGUUUUUUUUUCUGGUAACUUCUAAGCACUCUGCUCCAGAUAUGUCUGCUAGAUGCACCUCUCCUUGCUGAUGGGCUAAUAAACCCAAUGACUCUGGCGAGGCUAGCUAGGCUAUUUGUUCUGCAGCCUGCUUAGAUGGGUACUUGAUUUUGCAUUGAGGUGGUUUGUAGCAGUUGAAAGUAAAUAAGUUCUGAGACUUUGGCGGGAGGGGGAUUGCUGCUAUGACCUUUUUUUUUUUUUUGGAAAUUUCCAGUACUUAAUUUCAAACCCCCUUAAAAAAAAAAAAAAAGGUGCUAGACUUUAGACUUUUGUACACUACCCGUGUCUGCUUGAAGGCCCGGACAUUGGCCAGGUGGUGGGUCACUGCCUGUGCUCUGUGGUGCUGGGACUAGCGGUUUAUGUGUACGCUCCAGGCCCAUCCUGAGUGCAAGGUGUAGCAAAUACAUGAAACCACCUUUUACUGAGGUCUCAGCCAAUGUGUUUUACCUCAGUAGGGCAGCUAAGACCAUGUGCACAGUGAGUUGUAAUAGCUGUAGUUAAGUGCUGCAGACUUCCUGAUUACCUUGGAGGGGGAUCUAAGCCUUAGACCACGCAUCACAAAGGUAGUGGCCCAAACUACUCAUUUUCUGCAUCAUAACACUGGUUUGUUUUCCAUUUGUCAUAUCUGGGUUGGGCAAAGGGGAGCCAGAAUUCUGUAGUUCUUGCCAGCGGUUUAUCUGCUAGGUAUGGGGCUUAGGUAUGCUGGUAGGGGCAGUGGCCUGCCAGUGGCUAAUUGGUCUUAGCUCCUGGUGAAACCAGACUGCGAGCAUGCUGUUUGUCACAGUCAUCGUAGUUAGAAAAACUAGAGAGAAAAACAAUUUUUGUCUCAGGGACCCUGACUUUGCAAAAAGCCUUGCUAGUGAGUAUCUGCUUGAAUGACUAGGCCCGCAGUCAUUACAGCGCAUCAGCUGCUGGUCUGCAAGACCAAGUGGAUUUCAGUGUUUGUAGUUUCGUGUCAGAGAUAACGUUGAGGUAAACCGAAAUGAACAGAACAGCCUUACUGGUUUUGCUUGUUUGUUUUGUUGGUUCUUUUUUCAUUUUUUUAGAACAGAUCUUGAGAGGAAGGUUUGCUGGUAGCAAAGGACACAAAGCAUCAUCCUGAGAAAAACUACAGGGCAAAGAUGACAACCUUCUGUUGCUGGACUGUUCAAAGAGGAAUUUUGCUUCUUUGCUGUGUAGUGUACCUUUUAGUUCAGAAAACUGGUUAUUUUUUCACAUACCAGAUGCAAAGAGGUAAUAGCUUUUAGUUUACACGCAUACAAAAACGGAGGGGGUGUUAAAGACAAAAGUUCAGGGUUGGAGAAUUUUUUUCAUCCUCCCGCAAAUCCAUCUGCCACUUGGCAGGAGAGCCUGUUUAUUAAUUGCUGUUAUAAUUUGCAGCCAAUACAUCCUUAUAAGAUGAUGAAAGUGUAAGCACUAAGUUGGUCAGGGACCAACCUAUUGAAUUUAUGAUCUCCUGCCCCAAAUGCUAGCUACUUACUACUCUUGGUUUCACUCCUUAGUGUUCUAAAUAUGCAUUACUCUUUUUAAUAAGGCAGUCACACUAAGACAGAAAUGGGAUGAAUUUCUGCUGCUCAUUCCCGUAUUUUCACGUCAGCUUUAUUUUCCCUGUUAGGAGAAUGACAGUUGAUACUUGAAAAUGCAAAAUAAAAGAUACCAUUGAUUUCUGCUGGAGCAAAGUUCCAUCUCAUAUGUCAUCUUUGUAUUUGGUGGAAAAGCUGAGCUAAGUUCCAUCUCCAGACUGAUAUACUCCACUAGAAAACAGUGGUCCAAAAUGGCAUCAAUAGGUAGGCUGUAAUAUUACUCACUUUUGUAAAUUGGUCUUUGCAGGAAGAUUAUGAACAGGGAAUAGCAGAAAUAUAGGAAUGAGGUGAUAGUACCUAAAUCUUUGAGUACCUAAAUCUUUGCUUUGGAUUGUUCUACAUUCACAUAAAGAAUUUCCAUUAGUAACUAAAAAAAACCUGCUUUUUAUGCAAGUGUUUUCACUGAUGAAAAGACCCAAAUAAACCAAAGUGGUAUUAUAAAAUAUGUUUUUGUAUGACUUUAAAACAAUAGUUCGGAAUAAAUAGGUCUUAAACAUUUUUUUUUUAAUUGAAAACAUUACUGCUAAAGUAUUUCUCAGAGGAGGGGGGAGAAUAGAAAAAGGAGUAGCCAGUAUUAUUAAUUUCAAACCCACAUUUUUAAACCAUUAUGGAACCUUCAUGAUUCUGCAUCACUGAAAACCGAGUAAUUUAGUUAAACUGUAAUAAGAGUGGAAAACGCAAAAACAAGUUGAAAUAAUUUACGAGCCAAAAUUGAUUGUUAUUUUUCGUUCAGAUUUUUCAUUACAUGUAUAAUUUUCUUAAUUUUCCAGAGUAGUCACUACAUGUAAAUCUUUAUUUGAUCUCUCUCUUUAACUGUCAUUCUGUCAUAAUCUCCAUGAUCUUGCAAUCUUGAAAUGAAGAUCUGAGUUUUAAAACCACUGUGUAACGAAGCAAAUAGAGGUUUGUGGCAUUGCUGAUAGCUGGGAGUUGCUGGCAGGAGCAUGGUAAUGCUUUACCAGCAUGGUUGUUGAUCUUAUGUGUUGAAGUAAAAGCCUUUUUAUUUUGAUACUUGCUAUGAUAAUAAAAUGGCCUUCAAUUUUAA